CCUUCCCUUUUCAUUAAGGUAAAGAAGCUGGAUACGAUUCAGCUUUUUUUGUGAGACAUUAGUUUUGUGUGUGGCUCUCUUUUUCCUUAUCCCUUCCCUCCAAUGUCUUCCCUCCUCAAACACCAUUUCUGCUAUAUAUUCCAUACAUUCUCUCUCAACAUACCUGUUAAGAAACAAACAAGAAAAAACCAUGUCAGAAGAACAAAAUGGCAAGCUUGAAGACCAGUCAUGGCCAGAACUAAAGCUACCGGACUUGUUAUUUACUGACACUGUCCAACAGAUCCAUGCUAGUAUUGAAAAUGAGUGGGAUUCGCUUCGGCAGUCAGCGUGCCAGACAGCUGCCGGAAGAGCAUUAUGGAAUCAUGUGGUUCAUGAUCCACUAGCAGAGUUAUUCGCAGGAGAGACGUACCUGAGAAGUCUUUAUGGAAAGAUAAAGAAAGAUCGGCUCACCAAUGCUAGGGAAGUCUCCGGAGUGAUUCUUGCUGUUAGGACCAUGUGGUUUGAUUCAAAAAUUGAAGCCGCACUCAAUUCCUUCUACGGUGGAGCAGCCCAGGUUGUUCUUCUCGGUGCAGGAAUGGAUGCAAGGGCGUACCGAUUAAGUUGCUUGAAAGAAACCGAUGUUUUUGAGGUUGACUUUCCUGAAGUCUUGCAAAUGAAAACCACUAUUCUACAGGCAGCAACAGAAUCAACAAAUGAUUGCCAGCAUGCGAAGAUGACAGCAAAAUCUCUAAACAGAGUAGAAGCUGAUAUCAGAGACAAUGACUGGCUCCAAAAGCUUCAGAUAUCAGGAUUUGUCCCAGAGAAGAAUACAGUGUGGGUUCUAGAAGGCAUCCUUUACUACCUCUCCCACUCACAUGCCAUGGAAGUACUGAAGAUCAUAGCUGCCAAUUGUACUCUUACCCACACAGUCCUCUUAGCAGAUUUCAUGAACAAGCCUUCAACCACGCUCUCCAGCUCCAUUUUCCAUUUCUAUAGUGAUUGGCCUGAUCAUCUCCUGCCAUCUCUAGGGUUUUCUGAUGUUAGUCUCUCACAAAUUGGAGAUCCAGAUGCCCAUUUUGGUCUGUUGCAUGAUCCACUAAAUCUGUUCAACAAGCUUCGCAGCUUGCCCAGGUCACUACAAACCCACCCUGAUGAUGGAACACCAUGUUGUCGCUUGUAUCUGGUACAGGCUUCUGGUUCACCCAAUCAAGCCAUUCCAUAAAGAACGGACUCUCUACAAGUUUCGAUGCUAUACAUUUCUAACUCCAAAUUGUAGUUUAGGAGUGGGCAUCAUUCUUUGCUAGUGUUGCCUCAAUAAUACAAAUUGCAUUUGGACAACAAAACUGCAAGAUGUCGCUGUUUGAUGAUUCUCUAAGCAAGUCAGAGAAAUAAACUGUGGGAUAUUUUGAACUUGUA